UCCUCCUUUUCCGCCCCAAAGCUCUACAUCCAGACCACCACGCUGACCAUCUCCAUGAAUCUGAGUGCGUCCGUGGCUCUGGGAAUGCUCUACAUGCCCAAGGUCUAUGUCAUCAUCUUCCACCCAGAGCUCAACGUGCAGAAACGCAAGCGCAGCUUCAAGGCCGUGGUGACGGCGGCCACCAUGUCCUCACGUCUGUCGCACAAACCCAGCGACCGGCCGAACGGCGAGGCCAAAACCGAGCUGUGCGAAAAUGUGGAUCCCAACAGUCUGGCUGCUAAGAAGAAAUACGUGAUCUACAAUGACCUUGUGAUCUGAGGGCCUCCAUCACAGGAGGAAGGUGAUCGAUGGCACUUCCUGGUUUCUCUCGGCUCUUUGGAACAAAAGUAAAGCGGAAAAAAGCUUUCGGUGUACCUGUGUUUCCAUCCUUAUUUCAUCUGAGGGCCAGGACAGUGAUUGGACCCUCAGCUAAACCAACGACAGAGGAUAUCAGCUGAUUUCCGACACCUUU